AUUUAGAUUUUAUAUCACAAGUUCCCUUGUCCUUUCAGUUUUCUCUCUCGCCAAACAGCAUUACGGAAGAGCGCGAGCGCGGGAGAGAUAGCUCUGACUGAUCCGAUCUAGGGUUUAAUCCUAUCACCGACAUCAAUUUUCAAAUCCUAAACUUCGGAUCAGGGCUUAUCAUCCAGUCGUUUGGCGGUUCUAUUAAAAUCAGCCAAGUUUCAUGUCUGAACUCGACGCUCAAAUUCCCACUACCUUUGAUCCGUUUGCCGAGGCAAAUGCUGAGGACUCUGGUGCUGGUUCAAAAGAGUAUGUGCACAUUCGUAUACAGCAGCGGAAUGGUAGGAAGAGCCUGACCACUGUGCAGGGGUUGAAGAAAGAAUACAGCUACAACAAGAUACUGAAGGACCUCAAGAAGGAGUUUUGCUGCAAUGGUACAGUUGUCCAAGACCCAGAACUAGGACAGGUUAUUCAACUUCAAGGCGAUCAGCGAAAGAAUGUGUCCACCUUCCUUGUCCAGGCUGGCAUUGUGAAAAAAGAACAUAUCAAGAUUCAUGGUUUCUGAGCUGCAGCAACUGAAAAAGCUAGCUCUCUGCAUGCAUGGUUGUGCCCUUAUAUGUUAGUGCCAGACAUGUUAUCGGACUUCUAGUAUGGUCAUGAUCCUAUUAUGUCACUUAACGGUGUAGUGUGUUCACCACUUGGGUGUGUUUCUCUUCUGGUGUGUUCUAGUUAUCCGUGGUUGUGUGGUGAUGAUGGAACUACUCAUGAUGAGUACUUGUGUCUCUGUGUUUGAUAACAAUCACUCUUAUAAAAAAUCUGAUGUCAAGUUGCGAAUU